UAGUUAAAUUAUUUCAAAUUUAAUGAAAAACCAUACAAAAUCUGACUGUUACAAAUCUUUUCGGACUGGGAAUUGGUUGACUACUCACACAGAUACUAGUCCCUACACAAUCGCAGCUUCCCGCGACAACAAUGGUGAGAGCGGCGGUGCGAGAUUCCCCUCCUCCUACAAAGAAGAAGAAACAGGAUGAGAAGCACGUGGAGCGUACGCGCCUCAAAACCAUUGCCGUCAAGAAGAAGAUGCUCUCAGUGAUUCCAGCCAAGGGUUUCACGCCUCUAAACCCCACUAAUCAGGUCAUCAAACACCACGGUAAAGACAUUAUUCGCAAAUCGUCGCAGCGGAGGAACCGCUUCCUGUUCUCAUUUCCCGGUCUUCUUGCACCUUGUGGCGGCGGUGGCAAGAUCGGUGAACUGAAGAAUUUGGGUACCCAGAACCCUGUUCUUUACCUUGAUUUUCCUCAGGGUCAAAUGAAGCUGUUUGGAACUAUCGUGUACCCAGAGAACAGGUACUUGACUUUGCAGUUUUCUAGAGGUGGGAAGAACGUCAUAUGUGAAGAUUAUUUUGAUAACCUGAUUGUGUUUUCUGAUGCAUGGUGGAUUGGGAAAAAAUAUGAGAAUCCAGAUGAACUUCGACUUGAGUUUCCAAAAGAACUAAGUGAGGGACAAAAUUUGGAGCAAAACUUCAAAGGUGGUGUGGGUGCAGCAUCUGUAAAUAAGCAAGGUGUUUUGAAGAGUGUAAUGAAAGGUUCAGAGGAAGAGUCCACUGAACUUGAGUCUGAAGAUGAUAUUUCAGAUGUUGAAAUGAAAUUUAAAGAUAAGAUGGAAGUGACGCCUGUUCGACACUCUGAGAGAACUGCUGGAAAAAGAUUCAUAUUUGCAGAAGUUUCUUCAGAAGAUGAUCCUGCUGGAAGUGAUGCUGAUGUGUCUGAGGGAGAUGAAAAGAAAGGUGAUAUUUCAACCAGCAAAAAAACUAAUGUGACUAAGUCCAAGCAACCCUCAACCAGUCAUCGUGGUGUACUUGUCCAAACAACCAUAUCAACAUUAUUCAAUAAAGUGGAGGAAAAGGCUGAAGACCCUCAGAAAAAGGGAAAACUGAACACUGAAAAAUCCACUGGGACAGAAAGUACAGCUAAGGAGAACGAAUAUGAGUUUGGAGAUGAAAACAUUGCAGGAUGCUCAAGCCCUCAGGCUUCAAAUGGAAGUGGAGGUUGGGCUGCUUUUUGAGAUAUGACACAAAUGCAAGUGUUACAGAAAAAAUGCCAAAUCAAGUCUCAAGCAUGAGUAUUACUCCUCGGCAUAAACGUGGCAGCGGGGGAGAAUUUCAGAAGUUUCGAAGAACAAACUUACUUCUCUAAUCGUGUCGUAGAAAUUGGCAAAUAUAGCUACAAUCAUAGUUGAAUCCAACAAUUAUCACCAUUGUUGCAAUGUCCAAAGAGAGAGUUAUGAGUGAAAUAUUGUCUGCUUGCUCAAAAGUGGCUACCUUACAGAGCUCUGCUUGUGUGAAAUAAGAAGAUAGAUGUUGUACUUAGUACUUGAUACACAGUUGUUCUUCCAAAUAACCUUAACUUGUUAUGUAAACUAAGAUGUGUUAUUGAUGUAGUAAUUUUAGCAGCCCUUGUUAAUUGUUUGUUUGCUUCUGACAUUUU